AUACAUUAAUUAAAUUUGUCUACUGCAGUCAGUCAUUUAAUGAUCCAAUUUUAAUUUUCAUCAUUUUAAUUUGUUUCAAUUAUUUUAUUGUUUAUUCAAUUGUCAGUUCACUUAGGUAAUCAUGCAGCUUAUCAUACGUGGAGAAAAAACCUUGGUGUUUGAAGGGGAUAACAUCGAUGAUUUACAAAGAUACGUCCAGGAUGUUGAAAGUCUACCCAUUAGGAAUCAAAUCCUUUUCUGUAAAGGUAGAAUAAUAGAUGAUUCUAAUUGGAAUGAAGUUGAAGACGGCGAUGAAAUUCAAAUAAAUGGACGUCUUCGUGGAGGAAAACUAACCGACAGUUCCGACUUAGUUGACAAAGACGUAAUCAAUGAUGUAACUAAAGAUAUUAUAGAGAAGAUAAUCGGCAGUAACUCCUAUCAACAUGCAAAUGUUGAACAAUGGACAACGAGCAUCUGUAGCGAUGUUAUUGCUAAUUUAGUACAACGCGGAUGGCCUUAUAAAUUUAUCGCCACUUGUACAAUUGUGCAAAAAACUGGAGCCGGUUUUCACUCAUUUACAAGCUGUUAUUGGGAUCAGACAAAUGACACAAGUUGCACUGUUCGCUGGGAAAACAAAAGUAUGCAUUGUAUAGCACAAAUUCUUGCAAUAAGAUUGUAGAAUAAAUGUAAAAAUAUAACUUCAUGGACGUUUCCUUCAAAGCUUAGUAGUCGAAAAUUACUACCUGAGUAUUAACCUAUCAUCAGCAACAACUUUUGACAUUCAAGUAAACAUUUAAAUUCAAAAUAAUCAUCAUACAUAAACGCGAUAUACAUCUACAACACCUUAUCUACCAUUUAAUAAAGCGAGUAAAAUUACAUCCAAUCAAA